AUGGAGAAUGAUUCUGUCAACGAGACAAAUAAGGUAACCAGCGAUGAUGUAGGAGAUAAUGUCGAUAGUGGAAUUGUUGGAGAGAAGCUGGGAGUGGAGGAUGAUUCCGUUGACUAUGUGGAGUCAAAGAGGAAAAGGAUAGGCCCAGUUACUGAAGCCCAGCAUUAUGACAUUUCUAUGGAUGAGGGAUGUUCUUCUAAAGAAGGGGGCUUUUUAGAUAUUGGAAGUUCAAUAAUGUCUCUGUGGGGUUUUAUUCCUCCCGAUUGUAUUAUCGCAGCUCUUGCUGUUGACUUAAAAAUGGCAGUAUUAGCGACACUGAAUCUGGAUGCCAACAAGCUCUCGGGAGUUAUACCAGGGAAUUUGUUUAAUUCAGAUAUUGGCAAUUUAAAUCUGAGCAAGAACACAUUCGGAGGAUAUUUACCAAACGUUUUCAGCGCUCAAGCUGAGGAGGCUCGGGUUGCUUCAACCAAGGUUGCUGAGCUUGAGGUGGAGCUGCAGGAGACGGUGGCCCAAGGUGAGGAGAUGUUCGUUCAGGGCAAGGACUCAGUAAGGAAGGAGUUGGUAAAGUAA